GUGUUUCUUAUUAAUAUAAUCAUUGCUUCCAUGUCAUAAUUACAAUAGUGCCAUUAAGUCCUUUUUUUGUUGGUAGUGCUAGUAGCUCUAACAUUCUUGAUUUGUAACGAUAUAGGAUUUAGAUAUUGAGUUCAUCCAAAUAAUAAAGAUUCCAUUUUUCAGUAGCAUUCUUUAUUAUCUCAGCAAGUCGCAGUCUGGGUUCUCUUUCUUUACCCUGCUUGUGAGGUGUGAAGUGCAGUACUGUUUACAAUGAAAGGUGGUAGUGAUGAGAGGAUGAAAGGGGGCAAGGGGAUGAAGUCUAUGGGGGAGGGCAAAAUGGGAAAGAAUAAGGUAAUGGUAUGUAAUGUUAGGAUGAAGAUGUGGAUCAUGAGGGCAAUCACACUAUUGUUGUUGUGGACAUGCACUGCACAGCUGACAGCAAUUGGAGAAGUUUGGGGUUCUAAGCUGCUCAAGAGUUGGCCUUCUCAAGUUAACAUAUCUGAUCUUCAUGUCCAGCAAAAAGCAUUUCUUCCUGCAAAUAGAGUCUACAAGAACAAUGGCUACCUUAUGGUUUCUUGUAAUGGUGGGCUCAAUCAAAUGCGGGCAGCGAUAUGUGACAUGGUUGCUGUUGCGCGGUACUUGAAUGUGACUCUUAUCAUCCCAGAAUUGGACAAGACUUCUUUCUGGGCUGAUCCAAGGUGUAAGAGAUAUCUUUCCUGUAGAGUGUGCAAUCCCCCAAUAGUAUUGAGUCACCUUUUCAUAGUUCUUCCAUUUGGCAGUGAUUUUCAGGACAUCUUUGAUGUUGAUCAUUUCAUCGAGUCCUUGAGGGAUGAGGUUCGGGUGUUGAGAGAGCUCCCCACGAGACUCAAGCAGAGAGUAGAGCUCGGGAUGUUAUAUGAACUGCAGCCUCUGAGUUCGUCUAACCUUUCCUACUACCAUGAUCAGAUUCUUCCUUUGAUCCGAAAGUAUGAAGUUGUACGCUUCAAUAGAACUGAUGCACGCCUGGCCAACAACGGGUUACUUCUGGGGAUUCAGAAGCUGCGCUGCAAAGUGAAUUUCAGUGCCUUGAGGUUCACUUCCCAUAUAGAAGAACUAGCUCAAAAAGUUAUCAAGAGCCUGAGGCAAAACGGUCCUUAUCUCGCCCUCCAUCUCAGAUACGAAAUGGAUAUGUUAGCCUUUUCUGGGUGCACACAUGGCUGCAGUGAGGAAGAGGCAGAAGAACUGAGAAGAAUGAGAUAUGCCAAUCGUUGGUGGAAGGAGAAAGUUAUAAACUCUGUAUUGAAAAGGAAGAAAGGGUCGUGCCCAUUGACGCCUGAAGAAACUGCUCUGACGCUGAAAGCCCUGGGAAUCGAUCGCAAUUUUCAGAUAUACAUAGCUGCUGGAGAAAUAUAUGGUGGAGAAAGAAGGCUGAGGAAUCUGUCAGCAGCAUUUCCAAAUAUGGUGAAGAAAGAGAACCUGCUGGGACCUUCGGCACUGAAGUUUUUCCAGGGCCAUUUAUCACAGAUGGCAGCAUUAGAUUACCUUGUCUCUUUGGAGAGUGAUAUCUUCGUUCCAACAUAUGCUGGAAACAUGGCUAGAGUUGUUGAAGGCCACCGCAGAUACUUGGGUUUCAGGAAGACUAUUCUACUGGACAGAAAAGUUAUAGUUCAUUUGACAGACCAAUAUAACGCUGGCAAUAUAACCUGGGAUAUGUUUUCAAAUAGCAUGAAGGAAACUCACAGAAACAGGAUGGGGAAACCAAAAACUCGACUCGUGAUUACUGAGAAACCAAAGGAAGAGGACAACUUUUAUGCCAAUCCACAAGAGUGCUAUUCACAUAUUCUUAGCUAAAUGUUCUGCAUUGUACAAAUCUUUCGUGUGUGUAGUGUUGGGAAUGUAGUGUGUGAUACACAGUUGCCUGUAGCUGCAACUGAUGGUCAUUCACACAUUAAUAAGAUGAGCAAUAUCAUAAGAGAUGGUGAAUAAUCAACCUCAAGAUUCAAGAAAGAGAAAUACGGCAUCUUGUAUUUAAAGGGAAUCCAUCCUUUU